UUGAUGUCGAGAAGACAAACGAAGAUAUGAGCGACAUUGAGUUUUUUUUUGCGGGAGAACAAAAAAGUGAAAAAAUACUCAGACUUUCCUACGCUCUCCUGGUCACCCGGGCUCUCUUUUGUGACAUUGGAGGCGAUCGCAUGGUUCUUGGAUAUCAAGACAAAGUAUCCCUGCAGUCACAGGACAAAGAUCUAACUCGGUUCAAACUCAAAGGAACGAUUUCUACCAACGGUCUAGUUCUGAAUCUACUUGCCUAUGACACAACCCAGACGAAGAGACAGCAGCAGUCUGACAUAGAUGAAGAAGACCCCAGCCAAGAACUGGAGCUUUCUCAUGGAUUUUUCAACACGACGUGUUCAAAGGCAGCCGGUGAAGACCUGACAGAUGAAGACUACGCAAACAUAAACUGGAAGAGGAGCUCCAAACUGCUUGAAAACGUUGAGCUCACAUUCAACAAACCAGGGCGGUGCCCAUCCGCAAACACCACAACUAUCGUCGGAUGCGAUCCUGGUAUUGUUAAUGCCCUUAUGUUCUCCUCCCUGGAUCCUCACAACCCUAACUUGCGGCAAACGGUAAAGGUGAGAAGCAGGUUCUUGUACUUCCCCGCCCUCCGCUUCAAUCACCUGUUGAACAAAAGGAAGCGUGAAAAAGGAAUGAUUGAGGUUGAGAACGUCAUCCCUGUGUUUGGAAGGGAUACGUACAAUGAGUACUUUCAAUGGAUGAACGAGGAAUGCUCGGGGAAAAAAGGAGUGCUUGUCGUCGGCCUAGGGUCCUUUGAAAGUAGUAAAGGAGUUCCCAGCAAGCACACUGCUAUAACGAGACACCUUGUAACACAGGUCAAAGCACGAGGACACUUCGCUGUAGGAGCGCACGAAUUUUACACCAGCGCCCGCUGUCCCCGACCCCGACCCCUCUGCGAUAGCUUUUUAGAGACGGUAUUCUUCGACCGUGACGCAGUAGGGGCGGAAAACAUCGCAAGAAUCGGCCUUGCUCAAAUUGAGAGGCAAGAGAGGCUUGCAAAGUACAAGCCCACGGAAGAGUCGCCUGCUCCGGCUGUAAAGCGCGCACGACGCUAGACACAAGUAUUUGGGUGCCGGCACAC